AUGACGGAAACCGCCUCCAAGGCUGCUUUUCAGAUCCAGCCAGAAAGGGGCAUCAGUUGGAUAAAGCCAAUCACGCAACCGGUUGUUCUUAGCCUUCCUUAUAACGGGCUGAGGCUUCGGUUCGAUGGCCCAGACCAGCGUCUACGGCUAAUCGAAGUUUUGGACUUCUCGCUGAGCUCCUUUGUUUAUAAGAAUACCGAUCUGGUCCGUCGAAUCAAGGGUUCGGACGAGAUCGGCCAAGACGAAGGCUCUUCCACCGGGCCAACGUUUCGACAUGUCUACAAUCGUCUCUUUGGACCAACAUACGCCGGCGAAUAUAUUGCUCCGGAUUCCGGCGUUUCGGAUGGUACUUAUGUACUCUCCUAUCCAGGACUGGCAUUCACAUUUCCCGUGAAACACAAAUCCUGGUCUGAAAAAGUUGAUUUUGUGUCGAUUUUGUCGUCCAAUGCAACUGGACCGGCAAAGUCUAUGGCCGUCUUCUCAGGGUCCUCGUGGACAGAAGCAAGAUCAAACUUGUACACGAGGCCUCCAACAUAUCCUCGUUCGCCAACGCUGGUUGGCAAGUCCGUUGAGACGGUCCCAGACGAGAUCGAAGAGGUAAGAGUGUUCGGGGGUGGCAGACUGGAAUUACUCCGGAGGGGCUCUCCCCCUAUGGUGAUCGCAUUGAGUGAAACAACGCCACAAGAUCUCGUGGCAGAGCUGGGGCCGCCCGAUGCCAUAUAUCGUAAAAAUGACAGGCGAAUCUCCAUCCAUGCCGCCGGCAACCCUGCGAACCGGCGGCGGUCUAGCAUGUCCCCAGGACUCGACCCUCAGGCAUUGGACACCGACCAGUCUUCAGUUCAAAGCUAUACCGAAGAAUCCGAUUUCGAACCCGACUUGGAGGAAGAUAGGGUGGGUUCGUCGGGUGAUGAGUGUUUCUACAACUACUUUAAACAUGGAUUUGACAUCCUGAUAUCAUCCCCAGCCACAAGAUCAAUACCUUUUCCCGAUUCAGCACCCAGUGAGAGUCCUGCCUCUUCCAGCGCGCAACUGGUCGCCACCAAGAUCUUCUUACACGGCAAUAUACCGGGUUCGUUCGCCUUCAAUCGUCAUCGAAGAAGUCGGUGGGUAAUACGGACUCGUGGAGAAGGCCGAGGUCCGAUCUUAACAUCAGAAAUGACAUUCUCCGAGAUAUCUCAAGCGUUGAAAGAGGUGUGGCAUGACACUUACAAGGACGAGGAGGAGGAGAAACAAAUGCAGCGAGGCAUGGUUCUCAACAGGGGUUGGGGAGAGAGUCCAGAGAGCUCAAUAGAGCUGCUGGGUGACCUCGAGGAAAGCCCGACUCGAGAAAAGGCGGACAGCCACAGUACAGCAGACAUUAGAGGGGUGAUGAGCAACACGGAGUUGUUUGGAUUUCCGGGGAUGCUGUUUGAGGUCCUCAAGAAUGACACCGUAAGUUGUCUGACGGUAUUUUAG